AUGUCUCUUCCAACCGUCUUUGUCUGUGGCGCUACCGGCGUCCAAGGAGGCGCCUUGGCUCGCGAUCUCAUCUCGAAAGGCGUCACCGUCCAUGCCCUCACCCGCGACUUGACAUCGGCCAAGACCCAGGACCUUUCGUCCCUCGGCGUCAAGUUCUGGCCGGGCAACUUUGACAACGAGGAAGCCCUCAAGUCCGCAAUUGCAGGCUGCACUUCCAUCUUCCUCAACUUUUACCCCGACCUCACCGACAUGAGCACCAACCUCCGACAGGCCAAACUCAUUAUGUCCGUGGCUCUCGCCGCCGGUGUCCAACAUGUCGUCUACACCAGCGGUCUGGGUGCCAAGGGGCCCGAGCGGAUGGAUGGUUGGGACCCAAAGUCAAUUGUCGCUCCCGUUUUGGGAUCUAAGCGUGACAUCGAGCAGGCCGUACAAACAGCGGGCUUCAAGUACUGGACAAUCCUCCGCCCAGGCAUGUUCAUGGUCAAUUUCAUUGCCCCCUAUGUCGCCCAACAUGGCGACUUUUCUCGCACCGGAGUGUUGGCUUCGGCGCUGAAAGAGGACACUCCCAUCCCUGUCGUGUCCCCCGAGACCAUUGGCGCCUUCAGCAGUGCGGCUAUCCUGGACGCGGAGCGGUUCCACGGGAGGGAGAUUGACUACGCAGAUGAAGUUUUGACCCCGGAGGUUAUUCUCCAGAAGUUAUCCAACGCUAGCGGCAAGACCCUGAAGAGCCACUACUACACUGAUGAGGAGAUUGAUGAGGCGAAGAGCACGAAUCCCUUUGUUGACGGUCAGCUUAUUACGAGAGAGCUAUGGAAGUGCAUUGACAUGGAAGAAGCCAAGAACCAAGGUGUCCCUCUCAGCACCUUCGACAAAUUCUUGGAGAAGGAGAAAGCACGUGUUGUGGAGACUUACGCCCAAGCUCCUUAG